AUGAUCCUAAGCUUUUUUGACCAAUUCAUGAGCCCCACACACCUGGGAAUCCCUCUAAUUGCCCUAGCACUUAGCCUCCCAUGAAUCCUCAUCCCCACCCCCACUAACCGAUGACUAAACAAUCGCCUCUUGACCCUACAAGCCUGAUUUAUUAACCGAUUCACACAACAACUCAUGCUUCCUAUCAAUCUCGGCGGCCACAAAUGAGCUGUCUUACUGACAGCCCUAAUGCUACUUUUGAUUACACUCAAUCUACUGGGCCUACUUCCAUAUACCUUUACUCCUACAACACAACUCUCCCUCAACAUGGGGUUCGCCGUCCCCCUAUGACUGGCCACCGUGAUUAUUGGCAUACGAAACCAACCCACCGCCGCCCUAGGCCACCUACUACCAGAGGGAACCCCAGUGCCCCUCAUUCCAGUCUUGAUUGUCAUCGAAACAAUUAGCCUAUUUAUCCGCCCCCUGGCCUUAGGCGUCCGACUCACAGCAAACCUAACUGCAGGCCAUCUAUUAAUCCAACUAAUUGCUACCGCCGCAUUCGUACUCCUUCCAAUAAUGCCAACCGUGGCCAUUUUAACAUCAGUAGUCCUAUUCCUACUAACCCUGCUAGAAGUAGCCGUGGCAAUAAUCCAAGCAUACGUAUUUGUUCUCCUACUAAGCCUCUACCUACAAGAAAACGUCUA